AUGGCAGACCCGGAAAAAAGGAACAUUUUGGGUACAACCAGAUUCCUCCGAUUCUCGCGUUGGACUAACCUCGUAAAUGGAGUGUCACGACUGAUACGACUGGCCCGAAGGUUACAACGCCAUAGAAAUAAAGAAGAGAGAGACGAUGAAGAAUCAGUAGUCGAAGCAAAGCGGUGUGCUCAAAUGCUUAUCAUCAGAAGCGUGCAAAGUGAAUCAUUUAAGGACGAAAUCCACUGCUCGAAGAAUAAGAAAAUUCUCUCGAAAUCGUCACAAUUACGGAGCCUUAACCCAAUCAUAGAUCCCGAGGGCAUCCUGAGAGUCGGAGGACGCUUACACUACGUUGAUUCGUCAUACGAAGAACGUCAUCCCGCUAUUCUUCCUUCGAAACAUCACAUCUCCAGACUAAUCGUUGAAAAUCUCCACGAGGAGGUAAAACACCAAGGUCGACACUUCACCCACGGAAUGGUCAGGGGAAAGGGAUUUUGGAUUGUCGGAGAAAAACGCUUGAUCAAUCGGGUUAUCCAUGAGUGCUUCACCUGCAGAAGGCUAAGAGGAAAGUUCCAACAGCAAAAGAUGGCUGAUCUCCCACCAGAACGCGUACACCCCUCUCCUCCAUUCACCAACAUCGGAAUCGACGUUUUUGGACCAUGGUAUGUCGUAGCCCGUCGCACCAGGGGAGGACACGCUUCGAGCAAACGGUGGGCGGUGCUAUUUACGUGCUUAGCAACAAGAGCCGUCCAUAUCGAGCCAAUCGAGAGCAUGGACACGUCAAGCUUUAUUAACGCACUGCGGCGGUUUAUGGCAAUUAGGGGUCCUGUUAGACUGAUACGUUCAGACCGUGGAACCAACUUCGUUGGCGCGCGCAACGAGUUCGAGGCAGCAUUAAAGGAAAUGGAUAGGAAUAUCAUCGAGUCCUACCUUACCUCGCAAGGUUGUACCUGGGAGUUUAACCCUCCUCACGCCUCGCACAUGGGUGGAGCGUGGGAACGCAUGAUCGGAGUCUGCAGACGCAUAUUGGACUCUGUACUACUGACAUCCCAAAUCACCCACUUAACGCACGAAGUGCUAUCCACCUUUUUGGCGGAAGUCUCGGCCAUCGUCAAUAACAGACCACUCAUACCGGUUUCCAACGACCCUGCGGCUCCGGAAAUAUUGACGCCAGCAGCUCUCCUAACACAGAAAACUCAACCUCUUCUGGCAGCCCCAGGUAAAUUUGUUCCCCGAGACCUAUAUGCCAAGCAAUGGCGACAAGUGCAAUGUCUCGCGAAUCGUUUUUGGUCUCGGUGGAAGCGGGAGUAUCUUCCAACCCUGCAACGUCGACGCAAAUGGGAGCACGCUCUACCAAACGUAGAAGUCGGUGAUUUAGUGUUACUUCGAUGCAAAGAAUCUGCACGGAACGAUUGGCCGAUCGGAUUGAUCUCCAAAACGACAAAAAGCAAUGAUGGAAAAGUACGGAAAGUGGAAAUCAGCACCGCGAAGAAUGGCUCUAAACAGACCUAUGAAAGGCCUGUUUCAGAAGUUGUCCUGCUCAAAAGACAAACUGAACUUGAGAAUAGUUAA